UAGAACCACAAUAUCCUUGGUUCAUUUAUAGGCUUCACAAUCAAUGCUAGCAAAUUAGUUCAGGAAAAUCAUCUAAUAUUACGUAGUUUCAGACUUUACUUGCAGUCAUAGUCUUCAAAUUGAUAGCCAUGCCAAUUUUAUUUGACCGCCACAGACUGCAUGCUAUUUUUGGCGGUGGAAAGGUUGCUGAAAUAAUGCUAUGGGAGGACAAAAAGUUAUCAGCUGCGGUCCUAGCUGGGUUCUCCAUCAUUUGGUUUCUCUUUGAAGUGGUGGAAUACCAUUUUAUUACUCUACUCUGUCACAUCCUUAUAGCCAUUAUGCUCAUUCUCUUUGUUUGGUAUCAAGCAGCAGGACUCAUCAUAUGGAACACUCCCAGUAUCCAUGAUCUUGAAAUCCCAGAAUCUACCUUAAGAUUCUUCUGUGAAAAACUCAGCUGGUUGUUGAAGAAAUUUUAUGAUAUUUCAACCGGGAAAGAUAUGACACUAUUCGUUGUGACAAUCACCAGUCUCUGGAUCAUGUCAGCAAUUGGGGCUUAUGUCAGCACUUUGAAUCUUUUAUAUUUCAUGUUUCUCUGCAUGGUGACCCUGCCUAUUAUGUACGAGCGUUAUGAAUCUGAGGUGGAUUAUAUAGCAAGCAAAGGAAACCAAGACGUGAAGAGAUUGUUCAAGACAUUGGAUUCUAAAUUUCUCAAUAAGAUUCCUAAGGGACCAGUUAAAGAAAAGAGAUUCAGAUGAAGUUCAGCAAAAAUUGUAUAUUUCAUGCUAAGUAUGUAAAUGUAAAUAAUUCUUACACAAUUCUAAAUUGCAUGUCAUCUAGAGCUUGCCAUAACAUGUUUCAAUAAAAUGGGACCAUUGGAGUA